AUGUCUUUCGGAAAUUUAAGUAAUUUCGAUCAUAACACGCAAACUUGGAAGACUUGGAGAUGCAGACUCACACAGUGGUUCAUCGCGAACGAUAUUAACGUGGUGAAAGAUCCAGCAGGAGUCAAAAGACGGGCCAUAUUGCUUAGCACACUCAGCGAAUCUACCUACAAACUGGCAGCUGAUCUCGUGCUGCCUAAAGAAGUUCAAGAAGUAUCAUACGAAGAUAUAGUUAGUGCCUUGGACAACCAUUUCACUCCAAAGUCAGUGGGAUUUGGCGAGCGUCAUCAUUUUUAUGCCGCCACACAACUACCCCAGGAGACACCAUCACAGUGGGCUGCGAGGUUACGAGGUCUCACUUCUCAGUGUAACUUCAGCAAUGUAGAAGAAACAUUAAGAGAUCGAUUCAUUAUGGGUAUGUUGCCGGGCGUGGAGAAAGAAAAAAUGUACGUGCAGGAGCUGGCCGGGCUGACCUUCGCCAGGGCUGUGGAGCUGACCGAGAGCUUGCGCAGCGCCCGCGCGGCUGCUGCUGCAAGCGCUGCUGCCGAGACUGUCGUUACAGAGCUGUACAAAAUAGGCAAACGUUCUCCGACUAGUGUACCUCAAUGUGCAAAAGUAAAGUGUUCCGUGUGUGGUUAUUCGAAUCACAAAGCCGCGGAGUGUCGUUUUGCGAGUUACACUUGUAGGAAGUGCAACAAAAAAGGACAUUUGCGUAGAAUGUGCAAAAGAAUCAAUUAUGUUGUAACGGAGGAGAACGAUGAAGGUGACGGUGACGACGGUAAAAUUUGUAACAUUCGAUCUUUGCGAGGUGAACCAUUAAUCGAAGCCGUGUGUGUCAAUGGUAUCAGAAUGAACUUUGAGAUUGAUAGUGGGUCAGCUGUUACCGUUAUGUCCGUAGAUACAUAUAACGAACAUUUUAAAAACAUUCCCUUAUUUAGCACAAAUAAGAAGUUAUUAAGUUACUCGGGUGACGUGUUAGGUUGCGCCGGUCGCGCUCAGGUGUUAGUGGAGUGGCGGGGUCGCACGCGCCAGCUCGACGUGUACGUGGUGCGCGAUGGCGGACCGCCUUUACUGGGCCGCGACUUCAUCGCACAAUUUGAACUGCAGCUAGCGCCCGUAUAUAAAUGUGCCACUACCCGUGACACGUUGAAAUUAAUACAGGAACAAUAUCCCGCCGUGUUCUCGGACAAGCUAGUGGGACUGGGAGUACUCCGACCAGUCGAGCAUUCCGACUGCGCGUCACCAAUAGUUCCGGUACUGAAACGUGACGGUUCGGUCCGUAUCUGCGCGGACUACUCUGUCACUAUAAACAAGCAGUUAGUUGUGGAACAGUAUCCGUUGCCUACCGUAAACGAGUUGUUUUCUAAACUAUACGGGGGCCAGAAGUUUACUAAAUUAGAUUUGUCUAUGGCCUACGGACAGUUUUGUCUGGAUGAAGAAUCCCAAAAGUUAACUUGUAUCAAUACGCAUAAAGGGAUCUUCGCGUAUACGCGUUUGGUGUUCGGGUUAGCUAGUGGGCCAUCAAUUUUCCAGCGAGCCAUGGAUACAGUGCUAGCGGGCCUGGACGGCACGCUGUGUUUAUUGGACGAUGUGCUCAUAACGGGUCGCAAUGACUCUGAACAUCUUGAGAGACUGCAUCAGGUCCUACAACGGUUGCAAGACGCAGGAUUUGUUCUACAAAAGUCUAAAUGUCAGUUCUUUCAAGAUGAGAUUAAUUAUUUAGGGUCUACCAUUAAUAAAGAGGGGCUAAGGAAAUCACCCGAUAAAGUGGAAGCAAUAUUAAAGGCCUCGGCGCCUACGAAUGUUAGUCAACUACGAUCUUUCUUAGGCUUAGUAAAUUAUUAUAGGAAUUUCGUACCGAAUGCAUCUUGUAUUCUCGGACCAUUAUACGAACUUUUAAAAAAAGAAACAAAGUGGCGUUGGUCUAAGUUACAUGAUAAGGCGUUUAAUGAAAUAAAGAAAAGGUUAGCAUCCGAUAAUGUAUUGGCCCAUUUUAAUCCUAAUGCAAAUAUAAUUCUCACUGUAGACGCGUCGCCCAAUGGAUUAGGUGCUAUUCUAUCACAGCUACGACCGACUCCGCCGCGCACUCCGGUGUGCCCGUGGGAAUACCCCCCACAACCCUUUUACCGUGUACACUUAGACUUUCUAGGUCCGCUGAAUGGUCGGAUCUACCUCGUCCUAGUAGACGCGUACUCCAAGUGGCUUGAGGUGUACGAGAUGGCUUCCACAACUACUAGUGCGGUCAUUGAAAGAAUGUAUGAGUACAUGUCCAGAUACGGAUUGCCUCAUACGAAACUCAGUUCACUCAACAACAGGAAUGUCUCCGGCACAGUUAGUGUUUGGUCGCAAAUUACGUUCACGUUUAGAUUUAAUGAACCCGCGUUCGCCACCGUCGCCUUCAUCUGCUUCGUUGACUGA